GCUAGUUGGCGCCCGCAAUUAAAUAAACGAAGAAGAAGAGCAGACGUCCGUUACGUGCAGUUACUGGCGUUCAAUGUCAGUUUGAUGCAUGUUUUUGAACGUUUUUUUUAAAUUACACAGCUAGUUAAACCAUUACCGGACUAUCAUGCAGACAGCCGCACUUAGAGCUUUUUGCCACUGGCCACAGAGUAAUAGCACAGCGAUGAUUCGUCAGUGUUUAAAAUGCAGAGCACUAACUCUGCAGCAGAGCUCUCGCGCUUACGGAGUAAUUCCGCCCCCGCGCGACAGUGAGGAGAAGGAGAUGGUGCACCGGAUGCUGCGCGUGGACCAUGCUGGAGAAUAUGGAGCCAACCGCAUCUACGCCGGCCAGAUGGCAGUGUUGGGUCGAUCGAAGACUGGGCCAUUCAUUCAGGAAAUGUGGGAUCAAGAAAAGAAACACCUUGAGAAAUUCAAUGAAAUUCUUGCUGAGAACAGAGUUCGCCCCACAGCACUGUUACCUUUCUGGAAUAUUGCUGGGUUUGCAUUAGGGGCAUCAUCUGCAUUACUGGGAAAAGAAGGGGCCAUGGCCUGUACUGUGGCAGUGGAAGAGAGUAUCACUGAACACUAUAACAGCCAGAUAAGAACUCUGAUGGAGAAGGACCCAGAGAGAUACACUGAACUCUUACAAGUGAUAAAGGAAUUUAGAGAUGAUGAGAUGGAACAUCAUGAUACAGGACUGGCGCACGAUGCUGAAAAUGUACCUGGAUACUGGCUAUUAAAAAAUGCAAUACAGUUAGGCUGCAAAGCUGCAAUAUAUGUUUCCCAACGUAUCUAACGCUGUUCUUAAAGCAGUUGAAUUGUUUUGUUAUUCUGACUCAAGUUUGUAAAAAUGACUUAAUUUGGACCUGCGUUCUCACUCUGCAUCUUUGUAAAUGUAAAUGAAGCACAACGUACCUGUACCUGAUCGUAUCUGUUAAAAUUUCUGUAAUAAAUGUCAGGCCUUGGUUCUGUUUUCUGAAGGCAAAUUUU